GCGGGGCGCACGCGCAGACUCCCCUAGAACCGGAAGCAGCCUUGGGUCGGGCAUGGCGGCGGCUGCGGAGGGCGUCCCGACGACGCGACGGGAGGAGCCGCCUAGAGACGAUGCUGCGGUGGAGACAGCUGAGGAAGCAAAGGAGCCUGCAGAAGCUGACAUCAAUGAACUCUGCCGGGACAUGUUCUCCAAAAUGGCCACAUAUUUGACUGGGGAACUGACAGCCACCAGUGAAGACUACAAACUCCUGGAAAAUAUGAAUAAGCUCACGAGCUUGAAGUACCUUGAAAUGAAAGACAUUGCUAUAAACAUCAGCAGAAACCUGAAGGACUUAAACCAGAAAUAUGCCGGACUGCAGCCAUAUCUGGAUCAGAUCAACGUGAUUGAGGAGCAGGUGGCAGCUCUCGAGCAGGCAGCCUACAAGUUGGAUGCUUAUUCAAAGAAACUGGGUAACCGUUUUUUACUCGUAUCGUGAUCCUUUAGAAGCCAAGUACAAGAAGUUGGAGAAGCGAUGAGAAUCGUGUUCGUGUGUCUCAAGUGUUUUUUAAUACGGAAGUUGUUUUAUAACCACUAAAUCCUGAGGCUGACAAUCAUCACAGUUCCUCAGAAGAAAACUGCUGGUUAAUCCCAAGACCACGCGAUACCACAGAUGAACUGGAGGGCUGCGGCUGUCCUGGAGUCUCCUCUGAGGUGGUACCUCUCAGAAACUCACACCCAGAAUGCCUCACCGUUUACUUGAAUGCUUCAUCAUCCAUCCAUUAUGGAGACUCUAGAGUUCAGGGCAUACCUGGGCUUGCCAGUAGAGUCCAGGGAGGGGACCUGCUUUCCCUGGUAUUGGGCAAUUAGCACGUUAUUUUCUAAAAUGGCUGUUUUGUUCGUUUUGUUUUCUACUGAUGAUAUAAUGUAUUAUUAACAAGAUUCUAAAUUAAAAAGGAAAACAAAACA